CGUAAUAAAUUUUGAUAAAGAGUCACAAAAGGUGCCACGAGACGACAACAUCGCGAGAGGCGAAAAUUCAACAAAAUGCGUGCGCUGAGGAUAUCCCCGAAGCAGGUGCCACCGGCGCACAUCUUAAAUAUUAAAUCAAUAGUUUUGCUGGUUAUUGUCACACUAUUGAGCGCUCCCCAUGCUGUGCUAUCGCGUAAGCAUCACCUGGAAGUUCGCAACGACAUGCGGCCCUACAUUGCACUGAGCACAUUCGGUUUUUACACCAACGGCCAUUUGGAUGUGCAGCUCAGUAAGCUGACCAUUGACGGAGAGAAUUCCGCGGACUUGUUCGGUCUCUCGCUGGACAAGACAACCAUUGACCAAUUGAAUCCCUAUCUGGACUCGCAUCAAAACAAAUGCAUACUCGAGGAGCCGCCAAAUAUGCAGACCAGGGGACCCAUACUAUUCUUUGUCCUAGAUCUGAAGGAGCUAAAAGUUCGCGUAAAGUGCUCUCCCGAAUGGGGCAAUAUGCACAUCUACAAAGAUAUCACCUCGCGGCACAAGCGCAACUCUUUGGCCAAGGUCAGUGACUCGGCGCUCUUCAGGCAGCGUCGUGAUGUCCCACCGCAAUAUUCUGCCGAAGGCGCCGAUGACUUGGACGAACAUUCAGUGGAGGAUCCCACUGAUACGGAGGAGCUGAGACAGCCACAUGUCUUAAAACCAUCGCCGCCAAUCGCCGUAGUGGGUAAAAUCGAAAUGCCAGUCGAUGCAAAGCCCAGCCCCAAAGUCUCGGCUGAUCCCAAAAUGCAGAAUGGGGCUGCUCCCGAGACUGAGAAGGCAGCACCGGCCAAGAUUCCCGAACAACUUAUCCUGGACAAGGAGCGUUUAAAUUCGCUGCCUAAUCCCGUAUACAAGCCACAGAAGAAGGCUGAUAUCAAACAGGAGGCUGCUGCCGAGCCAAAGGCUUCUGCUGCUGUUGCUGCACCCAAGGAAGCGGAAGUUGCACCAGUCCCCAAACAGCAGCCAGUGGAAGCGCCAAAGGUGGCUUCAGUCCCACCAGCAGCUGCUGUAGCAGCAGGCUCAGCGGCUGACACUGAAUCCGACAAGACCAAAGUCGAAAACGGUGCUGAAGAAGUGGCGCCAGCUCCUGUUAAUCCCUGGCCCUCUGAGCUGGACCCCUUUCCCGGCGAAAGUCUGCCCGAAAUGGGGGAGAGCAACAACUUGUACAAGUCGUACAAGCAAUCGCAUAAUGCACUGUGCAAGGACUCUACGCUGCCGCUGGACAGACAGGUCAUCCAGGGCGUGACAUAUUACAACUUUACCUUCUCCAUGCUGGUGGCCUCACUGCUGGAUGAGGGCCUCUACAACUUGUACUUCCAUGCCUGUCCCAAUUACUAUGCGCCCAAAAUAGUGUCCUUCAAUGUGGACAUUGAGGAGAAUAACAAUGGCAACUAUCUGUCGGCGGGCGAGAUGCCCCUGCCCGCGCUGUACUUUAUGAUGAGUCUGCUCUUCUUCCUGUCCGGCCUCUUUUGGGUGUUCAUCCUAAAGAAGAGCAAGCACACUGUGUAUAAAAUUCAUUACUUGAUGGCUGUGCUGGUGUUCCUCAAGUCGCUCUCCCUGAUGUUCCAUUCGAUCAACUACCAUUUCAUUGAGAAGCGUGGCGAGCACGUGGAGACCUGGGCCAUACUCUACUAUAUAGCCCAUCUGCUCAAGGGGGCUGUGCUCUUCAUAACAAUUGUCCUCAUUGGCACUGGCUGGACCUUCAUCAAGCACAUCCUCUCGGACAAGGACAAGAAGAUCUUUAUGAUCGUGAUUCCACUGCAAGUUCUGGCUAAUGUGGCCCAAAUCAUCACAGACGAAUCGGAUCAGAGCGAUGCCGAGUUCCGCACUUGGCACAACAUUUUCUUCUUUGUGGAUCUGCUGUGCUGCGGUGCCAUACUGUUCCCCAUUGUGUGGUCCAUACGGCAUCUGCAUGAGGCCUCGGCCACCGACGGCAAGGCGGCCAUCAAUUUGCGCAAACUGAAGCUCUUCCGCCAGUUCUACAUUAUGAUCGUUUGCUAUAUCUACUUUACGCGCAUCAUUGUCGAUCUGCUCCAGAUGACGGUGGUGUUCCAGUAUGCCUGGCUAGACGAAAUGUUUCGCGAGAUGGCCACCUAUGUGUUCUUCGUGCUGACGGGCUAUAAAUUCCGCCCAGUUUCAUCGCAUCCAUAUUUCACAGUGCCCGACGACGAUGAUGACGAUGAGGUGGAGGUACUCACUGGUUCUGGCCUUACCGAAACAGUGCAUCGCAUCAAGCCCCUGAAUCGUGGCAGCCAUGGCAGCGGCUCUGCUGGUAGCAUAACCAUCAUCGAGGGCAAUGAGGAUGAGCGCGAGAAUCUCAUUGCAAAACGAGAAUCAAGUCAUGAAUACGAUUAGGCGAUAAGAAAACACACACUAUACAACCAAUCCAAUCUAUUUAAAAAUAUUCCAAUGCAUAGUCUUUAGUCGUCCCACAUGUUUCCCUCUCCCCCCACGAAGGUCUCGCCGGAUCUUCGCCCUGAAAUUCUAGCAAUAUACUACACAAGUUUACCCGCGAGGAAGAAAGGAUUGUGUGUGUGUGUGUGUGAAUUAGGUCUUAUUUUGGUUCAGUCCAGCAAACCUUUUAUUACGUUUAGUAUAACAUUAUGAUACACUACAAAUACUUGAGUUUAAAUCAUCAUCGUAAAUAAGAAACGAAAAGUAGCUACCAGUAGCUUAGAAUUGAAUGGGAAGAGAAUAAUCUCAAUUUGUGAACGGCACAGCAUUCAGUGGACUUCAGCGAGAGAGAGAGUGAGAGAGAGAGGAGGCCCCGUCCAGCGCCCAGGCGGAAGACACAUUUGUAAAUAAUUACCUAAUAAUCCAACGCACCGAACGCUGCUUCUGAAUCUUCCCCGGCCCCCCUCCCCCCUCUACUAUAUAUAAAUACACUAUACUGUAUAUGUUUAAACUUAUGUAUAAUUUUAACAAAAUAUAACAAAGCUUUAAUAUAUAAACCAGGAGAUUAAACAUCUUAUACCUA